AUGGAUACCCCUCAGAGCCGACGGAUACACAUCGGUAACAUUUCAAGUAAGCUUGCCGAGAGCAAGGACUCUCUUGUUACUAGAUUGGAAAAAUUCGGAACCGUCAAGGGCGCUAUAGACCUUCGAACGAAGCCUCUGCUUGAAAAGCUCAAAAGCUCUUUAAACGGUAUUCUUUUCAUGGGACGCAAACUUACUGUAUCUAUUGCUAAGAACGACUACAUGGAGAGAUGGCAGAAAGACUCUGGCAGACCAGAGAUCUCUAAGGCUACCCUAGCCAAGCUGGCCAACAUCGCUGCUGCUAGGAAUAAUAGAAUUCGUGAAGCAUCUACAAAUUUCCCAUCUAAUAGCAUUACAGGUGCACCACUGCAUUCCACUAGCAUUCCAGCUCCUAAUAAUUCCAGCAUCGGCUACUCAUGCUCACCUCACACCACAAAUAACAUGAGUGCUAAUACAAAGAACAAGGCGCCAUCUCACAGCCUUCUGGGGCCCAAAUCCUAUGGAACUACACUCAAUCCAAAGGCGGUAUCAGCACAACAGUACUCUAGAACAAGUGGCCGCGCAGAAGUGGUUAAGGGAAGAAUGAGGACAACUCCUCGUCCUGCUGCUUAUUUCGUUAGAAAGCAGCAGACCAUGAGGCUUCUUAUAAAUGGAGAGCUUAAACAGAUUAAGUGCUACAAGACCAAGCUUUGGGGCGUGGAGAAGAAGUCUGCCAGUGAGCUCACUUAUAAGUUCUCCAAUGGAGCUUGGAGAUCUGGCGACGACCAUAUUGUCGAAAGAGUAAGCAUUCCAGCCGAUAAAUGCGUUGUUGAUGGAGGACAGGCUGCUGAGUAUGGGACUGGUGCUCAUCAUGAGGUCGAGGACGACAUGGAAGUUGAUAAAGACAAGGACGUCAACAGUAACGUUCUUGCAAGCUUCUUCGAGAGUUACGAUUUCGAUAAACCUGUGGCCCUUGACGAUGAUAAGUCUGACGAUGAAAAUGCAGUCACCUAUGACAGCAAAGGCCGUAAAAACGUGGAACUGUAUGAUUUCGAGACUAAAGGAUUCGUUGAAUUCGAUGAUUCAAGUGAAAACCACGGCACACAAAAUGGCGAGUCGCUUCAGAAGUUUCUUCUGGCUAAUGAAAGACCUCAGGAAGAAGUUUACUUUGAUGAAGACGAUGAAGGUAAUGAAAUUGACGUUAACCAUUUGGGUGAGCAAUAUGCUACUGAGGCUAUCAAGGAACAAUAUGACGAAGAGCAUAGAGAUCCAGAGCAACCCGAAGAUGCACCAGAGGAUUCGGUAGAUGCUGAAGAACAGCCUGAAACUGCACCAACCAAUUCAACAACCAACGAGACGGAAAAUCUCCGUUCUUUGUUCGAAUCAAGCAAACCCACCAAUAGUCUUUUUGCAGCCGACAGUGGCUUCAAGUUGGGACUUGAUGAAUCCGACGAAGAUAUCGACAUUGAAAGGAAACAGGCUGAUGAAGAAGAAAGACAAAAGUUGGCUCAGCAGAUCUCUCUCAAACAACAAGAACAGGAAGAGGAUGUACAAGCGUCAACCGUCAAAGCUAAAAAGUUCGGUCUUUUCUGGACCCACUUUGAAUCUCCUUUUAUGCAAACGCAAACACAGCUUAGCAAGAUUGGCAACUCUAGUGAAGCUGUUACCUUGCCAGGAGAAGAACAUGGAAACGAAGUGAGAGAUGAUGGUCGUGGUGAGGAAGAUGCCUAUGAGAGAUGGUUCUGGCUGAUGAGAGGAGAGGCAGGCCGUGAGUGUAAAAGAAGAAAGAGGGACGUUUUGAGAACGCUCAAGAAGCGUCAUGUACGUGCAAUUGUAUAA